AAUUGCCUCAACAAAAUCCAACAAUUUGUUUGCAUUUUGACUUGGCCGGCCGUCUUCCCUUCCCUCACCGCCGCCGUAUCUACCGGAAAAAAGUUGCCGGAUUCCUUCCUCCUCAGUUACGCUUCCUGACAUUCCUGGGAGUUAUUCCUUUGCCCUAUAAAUCGAAUAACUGUCUCCCAAACUGCAUUCUCUCUUUGACACGCAAUGCAGGAGAUCGUCAAAACUAAGGCCUCGACUGCCAUCGCCAACGCCGUGUUUUUCUCCCAUGUCAUCAUUCUGCGCUCCCAGACUUGAUUCCUUAUGCAUCCUUUCUGCUGCGUCUCCAGCGUUACGGAUCACUCACCGGUUAAACCUGUCCCGCAAGACAUCACCAUGCCUCCGCCUGCAACCACCAUGACGGCGGACACCAGAUCCGAAUCCACCCGAUCCGCGGCUCUAGUUCACAAUCAAACGAAUAACCAUCACGGUAAUAGCGCGGAUUUAAAUCGACUGAGCCAGAGAAAUAAAGCGGCGGUUAGGGAGGCGACUCCGCCACCGGCGGAUGCGAAGAUUAGUGACCUCGUAGGGAUUGGGAUAUCUGGAGUACUGUACAAGUGGGUCAAUUACGGGAAGGGAUGGAGGCCGAGGUGGUUCGUUUUGCAAGAUGGCGUGUUGUCGUAUUACAAGAUUCAUGGACCUGACAAGAUCGUCGUUAACCAAGAGACCGAGAAAGGUUGCAAGGUUAUUGGCGAAGAUUCCAUGCGCAUAAUCUCCGGCCACAAGAAUUCUCACUCUAAUUUCCAUCCCCAGCGGAAGCCCUUCGGUGAAGUCCACCUCAAGGUUUCGUCGAUCCGAGAGAGCAGAUCAGACGACAGGAGGUUUUCGAUAUUCACAGGAACCAAGAGGCUUCACCUGCGAGCUGAAACUCGGGAGGAUCGUGUGGCUUGGAUGGAAGCGUUGCAGGCUGUGAAGGACAUGUUCCCGCGGAUGUCCAACAGCGAGCUAAUGGCGUCUAUGGACAACGCGGCAGUGGCAGUAUCCACGGAGAAGCUGAGGCAGCGGCUGAUGGAGGAGGGCGUUAGUGAAGCUGCCAUCCAGGACAGCGAGCAGAUCAUGAAAACUGAGUUUGCUUCAGUGCAGAAUCAAAUGGUGCUCCUUAAGGAGAAGCAGCGGGCCCUCAUAGAAAAUCUUCGCCAGUUAGAGACAGAAAAGGUUGAUCUGGAGAAUACAGUUGUUGAUGAGAGCCAACGACUGUUCAAUUAUGAAGGGGGCACCUCUACAUUAAGGCAAGACAAAUUCAGUGAAGGAAGUUUGACCGAGUCAGAUGAUGAUAAUGAAAGAGUUGAUGCUGCUGAAGAAGAAACUGAUGAAGAGGACAAUGCUUUCUUUGACACUCGUGAUUUUUUGUCAUCAAGUUCUUUCAAAAGUAAUGGCUCCGAUAUCCGGACAUCAUCUUUCUCUUCAGAUGAUGGCGGUCUUAAUGCAAUUGAAUCUGAGGAUGAUGUUGAUCCUUCUAUAAGAUCAGUUGGAACCAACUAUCCUCAUAUCAAGCGGCGUAAAAAGUUGCCUGAACCUAUUGAAAAGGAGAAGGGUGUCAGUCUGUGGUCCAUGAUUAAGGAUAAUAUUGGGAAGGAUCUCACAAAAGUUUGUCUUCCUGUUUACUUCAACGAGCCUAUUUCUUCCCUGCAAAAAUGUUUUGAGGAUCUGGAAUAUUCAUAUCUCAUUGACCGCGCAUGUGAAUGGGGAAAAAGGGGCAAUGACCUCAUGAGGAUUCUUAACGUGGCUGCUUUUGCUGUGUCUGGAUAUGCUUCAACUGAAGGAAGAAUUUGCAAACCAUUUAAUCCAUUAUUAGGGGAGACAUAUGAGGCUGACUAUCCAGAUAAAGGCUUGCGCUUUGUCUCAGAGAAGGUCAGUCAUCAUCCUAUGAUUGUUGCAUGUCACUGUGAGGGGACAGGUUGGAAAUUUUGGGGAGAUAGUAACCUUAAGAGCAAAUUUUGGGGGCGCUCAAUUCAGGUUGAUCCUGUUGGCAUUUUGACUUUGAAAUUUGAUGAUGGAGAGGUGUUCCAAUGGAGUAAGGUUACGACAUCAAUAUACAAUCUCAUCCUAGGAAAAUUGUAUUGUGAUCACUAUGGUACAAUGCGAAUAGAUGGAAACCAAGGAUUUUCAUGUAAGCUGAAGUUCAAGGAGCAAUCUAUUAUAGACAGAAAUCCUCAUCAGGUACAUGGUAUAGUUCAAGAUAGGAAUGGGAAAACUGUGGCUACUUUGUUUGGAAAAUGGGAUGAGAGCAUGCAUUAUGUGAAUGGAGAUUGUUCUGCAAGAAAAGGACAGGAGUCUCUAUCAGAAGCCCAUUUGCUCUGGAAGCGGAGCAAGCCUCCUAAUUUUCCCACUAGAUAUAACUUAACACGCUUUGCCAUCACAUUGAACGAGCUCACUCCUGGCCUGAAGGAAAAGUUGCCGCCUACAGAUUCAAGGUUGAGACCUGAUCAGAGGUUUUUGGAAAAUGGAGAAUACGAAAUGGCAAAUUCUGAGAAAUUGCGUUUAGAACUGCGACAACGGCAGGCGCGGAAGAUGCAAGAGAGGGGUUGGAAGCCAAGGUGGUUUGCAAGGGAUAAAGGAAGUGAUACGUAUCAGUAUACGGGGGGAUAUUGGGAGGCCAGGAAACAGGGGCAUUGGGAUUCAUGUCCCAAUAUCUUUGGCCAAAUCCCUAGCGAUCAGAUCAUUGACUAAGGUUGGAACUGUGGUUCCAUGAUUCGUUUUCUCCAUUUUUUUCCCACGAUAUAUAGUGAAAAAGGGCGGCACAUUUCUGCCAGAUUCUUCAGCUAGCGUGAGGUUCCCUUUGGCAACCUAUACAAGUAGAUUAGAAAGAUUCAGAAAAAUAACAAAAGAAAAUAUUUUUGCUGGCUGCAGAUUUGUAUGUUGUGAUGAUGUGAGAAUGAUUCAAGGCAGAGGCACUUUCUUUCACUGUAAACAAAAAGGGAACUCUGUAGUUUGUAUACUACAUGUAUACAUACAUUACAGGUGGGGUUCAUGCCCAAACAUGUCCAUGCAAUUCUAAAAGGCAUUUACAUGCUUACCUUAUUUUCUUUAAACCAUUUCAUUCUAUAGUACGAAUUUUUCUCAGACGUAAUUGAGGGAGGGAGAAUAACAUUAAAAUGAUUCAGACUAUAAAACAGAUAUGGUUGA